UUAUCUGUGCCACCUGUUGUUUCUUAAUUAGUUCCCCUAUUUAGAUGCCCUAGUGCAGUGGUUCCCAAACUGGGGUGCGCAGACUGACCACCGGGGGUGCGCCAGAGAAUGUUUGUAAUGGCGGGGAAAAAGAUGGUCUCUUUAUUAUUUUUACGUAUUUAACUGAGGUAAACUUCACAUGCGAAAGUUUUAUUAAGAAAUAAAAUUUCAAAUUACAAGCUAUAAAUCACUCAUGAUUUAAUUUCAUUUUACAAGCACGUCUGUGUCACAAUAGCCCCGCCCUCUUCAUAUUAGGUGCUAAAUGAUAAUUUGUUCAUUUAUUUUUUUUCACUUGCUACAUUCAUCAAAAUGGACACUUGGUUAAAAAACAGGCACUUUAAAGAACUCAAGGGACAGGAAUGAGCCAUCUACAUCGGCCUCUUGUGUGGAGAUGUGCACCGACCAUGGCGCUGAAUAUAUUGAAAAACCCGAUCAAACAGACUCAGAUGAUAAUGAACGGAGUGAAGAGGCGGGAACAGAGAAACCUAACAGAUGUAUUUGUCAAGAGAAAUAGGCCUGCAUGCCAGAGGGAGAAAAUGUCAAGUAAGAAACGCAAAUACAGUGACAGUUACAUUGCUUUCGGGUUUACAUGGAUUGGUGAUGCAGAAAGUCCAGACCCGCAAUGUGUAGUCUGUGGUGAAGUUUUAGCUAAUAGCAGUCUCAAGCCCUCAUAUAUGGUCCGGCACUUACAAACAAGACAUAGUCAAUUACAAGACAUGCCUGCAAGUUUUUUCCAAGGAAAAUUGGCAGAACUGCAGAAGAAGAAAAAAAUUAUCCACUCCCAUUCAGGCUUAGGGACUUCCAAAAAUGCACAGAAAGCUUCAUAUCUGGCGAGCUACCACAUAGCUAAAAAAGGUAUGCACCACACAAUUGGAGAAAAUCUCUGCUUACCAGUUGCCAAAGACAUGGUAAACUGUAUGCUCGGGGAGAAAGCAGCAAAGACGCUGGACAAAAUCCCUCUCUCUGACAAUACUGUUUCUCGUCGCAUUGAUUCGAUAUCUACUGACAUCUUCAACCAGCUAAUAAGCAGAAUAAAAAACAGUAAAUUCUUCUCACUUCAAAUCGAUGAGUCUACUGACGUAGCGAAUCUAGCUAAUCUUCUUGUGUAUGUCCGUUAUUUAUUUGAAAACACAGUUCAUGAAGAUUUUUUGUUUUGCCGUCCCCUUGUCACACAUUCAACAGGGGAAGAUAUUUUUAAUUUGAUGGAUAGCUUUUUCCGAGUACACGAAGUUGACUGGGCGCGCUGCGUUGGAAUUUGUACAGACGGUGCGAAAGCAAUGACGGGGAGGCACAAAGGAGCAGUGGCUCUCAUCCGAAAAAUUGCACCAGCAGUUUCCUGGGUCCACUGCAGCAUCCACCGGGAAGCCCUAGCGACGAAAAACAUGCCAGGUGAACUAUUGACUGUACUUCAUGACGUCGUGAAAAUCGUCAACUUCAUCAAGGCUCGUCCAUUAAAUUCGCGUAUUUUUCGCACUAUAUGCAACGAAAUGGGCAGCGAGCAUGAAACACUUCUACUGCACACAGAAGUUCGCUGGUUAUCGCGUGGAAAGGUUUUAGCAAGGAUUUUUGAGCUCAGAUGUGAAGUUGAGGAAUUUUUUGUUCACAACCCGUUUCACUUGUCUUCAUGCUUGCAAGACGACAUCUGGCUUCAGAGGCUGGCAUACCUGGCAGACAUAUUUUCUACUCUAAAUGAACUUAAUUUAAGUCUGCAGGGUCUUAGUACCACCGUUUUCAACACCCAGGACAAAGUUGAAGCACUUAUUAAAAAGCUUGUUUUCUGGGCCAACUGGAUAAAUACAAACUCCACCGAGUGCUUUCCUCUUUUAUCUGAAAUUUUGCAAUCCCGGGAAUCUGUGCUAAGUGAUUGUGUCAAAGGCCUCAUAAUUGAACAUCUCAACCAGCUCAGCCAAAAUCUGCGGACUUAUCUCCCCCCAUGGACCAAUCUCAGACAUGGAUUCGGAAUCCUUUUGAUGUUACUCCUCCAAUCCCACAUCUCUCCUUUCAAGAGCAAGAAAAGUUACUGGAGUUAUCAUCUGAUGGGAGACACAACAUGCUUUUUAAAAAUAAGUCACUGGUGGAUUUCUGGGCUUCAGCAAUGGUGGAGUAUCCAGGAUUGUCAAAGCAAGCACUUAAAGUGUUGAUGCCCUUUGCAACCACAUACUUAUGCGAGACAGGCUUUUCUGCACUGACAUUGUUGAAAACAAAACAUCGACAAAGACUAGAUGCCGAGAAUGAUUUGAGAGUAAAACUGUCAUCCAUUACACCAAAUUUUGAUGAUCUGUGUGCAAACAUGCAGGCCCAUCCAUCUCACUAAAAAAAGGUAGUAAUCUUUUGUAUUUAUAGCAGAUUUUUUUAUGUUUUCUAAUCUACAGUGAAUAUUUGUAUUUAGUUAUUGCAAUUAAAAAUGUGAAGUUUAACCAGAGUAUUUGUAUUUAGUUGUUGCAAUUAAAAAUGUGAAGUUUAACCAGAGUAUUUGUAUUUAGUUGUUGCAAUUAAAAAUGUGAAGUUUAACCAGAGUAAAGUGUUGGGGGGUGCUUGACAGGUGUCAAACACUAGAAAGGGGUGCAUGCUGCAAAAAGUUUGGGAACCACUGCCCUAGUGUGCUCUGUCUUUUGUCGGUUCAUUGUACCUCAUAUGUGUUCCAUUGAGAUUGUUCCACACUGUGAUUGUUCCUACAUGUGAGUGUUUACCUUAGAGCUGUAGUCAAGUCCGGCUUUGUCGAGUCCAAGUCAAGUCCAAGUCCAGGACU